AGUCAAGUGAAGAAACAAGUGUAUGAAGAACAUAGUUUAGUGUAUAGCUCAGCCUGCCCCUUCAUUAGGAGUUGGAUUACAGUGGCCAUGAUUUGCUCAUUAUAAUGACCAAUGAAUGGUUCACCUCAUUAAGUUCAGAGCCAUGUGAUAUCAUAGCAGUUUGAUUAACAGCUGUUGAUUCUUGAACACACCCCUGAAGUUGCGUUUGGUCCAUACAUUUUCACCCAAAGUCGUUAGUUCAACCACAGAUGGUGCGGUCCGUCCAAAAGUCAGCCAAUAGCAUCAAGCGUUGUCAUCGUAGAGAAGGAAAAAAAGAGUCCUGACAGUCGCCAUGAUGCUUGUUUUCUCCCUGUGAUACAGCAGCGGAAACGAGUGAAGCAAGUAGAAACAAAAGAGCACGCACACGUCCUCGCGAGUUGGUAUGCGUUUGCAGGUAAAACAUCAACACAAGCGACGAGUUUAUUUGGAUGAGACAGAUCCACAACUCAUGUUUCAAAUUACUACUGCGUGGAUAUUACCUUACCUGGCCAUAUGAAGUCGGACAGUGUUACAGCAGGAAUGCCCAAAGAAAAAUAUGACCCGCCAGACCCCAGGCGGAUGUACACCAUCAUGUCAACUGAGGAGGCAGCCAAUGGAAAGAAGUCUUACUGGCCUGAGCUGGAAAUCACUGGUAAUGUCAGGAGCCUGAGCCCAUCUCUGUGGACUCUGACCCACCUCACUGCCCUACACAUCGCUGACAACUGUCUGUCGCGCAUCCCACCCGACAUUGCCAAACUACACAACCUGUUGUACCUGGAUCUAUCGUCCAAUAAGAUCAGGAGCCUGCCGGCAGAGCUCGGCAACAUGGUGUCUCUCAGGGAACUGCUUUUAAAUAACAACCAGUUGCGGGUUCUUCCAUUUGAAUUGGGGAAACUGUUUCAGUUACAAACACUGGGGUUGAAAGGAAACCCUCUUGCACAAGAAAUCAUGAGCCUGUACCAGGAGCAUGAUGGCACCAGGAAACUGCUCAACUACCUGCUGGACAAUCUGGCAGGUUCAAUCAAAUGCACCCCCACAGAGCAGCCCCCGUCCCGGUCGUGGAUCGCACUUCAGGAGCCUGACCAGACGAGGCCUUCUGCAUUGUUCUCUGUUAUGUGCUACAACGUGCUGUGUGAUAAGUACGCCACACGCCAGCUCUACGGCUACUGCCCCUCCUGGGCCCUCAACUGGGAGUACAGGAAGAAGUCCAUCAUGCAGGAGAUCAUGAACUGCAGCGCUGACAUCAUCAGCCUACAGGAAGUGGAGACGGAGCAGUACUACCAGUACUUCCUGCCAGAGCUGAAGGAGCAGGGCUAUGAGGGCUUCUUCAGCCCCAAGUCUCGAGCCAGAACCAUGCAUGAGUCUGACCGCAAACAUGUGGACGGGUGCGCAGUAUUCUACAGGACAGAAAAGUUCAGCGUGGUGCAGAAGCACACGGUGGAGUUUAACCAGCUAGCCAUGGCUAACUCUGAGGGCUCUGAGGCCAUGCUCAACAGGGUCAUGACCAAGGACAACAUCGGAGUGGCCGUACUGCUGGAGGUCCGCAAGGAGAUGAUGGAGGAAUCCUCGGGGAAGUCUCUGCACGGCAUGGAGAAACAGCUCCUACUGGUGGCCAAUGCCCACAUGCACUGGGACCCGGAGUACUCUGACGUCAAGCUGGUCCAGACCAUGAUGUUCCUGUCUGAGGUGAAGAACAUCGUGGAUAAGGCCACGCGCAGCCUCAAACUCUCCUCUGUCUCUGGGGAGACCAACAGCAUCCCUCUAGUGCUUUGUGCUGACCUCAACUCUCUGCCAGACUCUGGCGUGGUGGAGUACCUGAGUCAAGGUGGAGUGGACUGCACCCACAAGGACUUCAAGGAGCUGCGCUACCUCGACAGCCUCACCAACUUUAACUGCAACGGCAAGAACGGGAACUCCACGUCCAACUCCAGGAUCACCCACGGCUUCAAGCUGAAGAGCGCCUACGAGGACAGCCUGAUGCCUUACACCAACUACACCUUCGACUUCAAGGGUGUGAUUGACUACAUCUUCUACUCCAAGCCUCAGCUCAAUGUGUUGGGCAUCCUGGGUCCCCUGGACUCCAACUGGCUCCAUGAGAACAGUAUCAGCGGCUGUCCGCACCCCCACAUCCCUUCUGACCACUUCUCCCUGUUCACCCAGCUGGAGCUGCUGCUGCCCAGCACCCUGCCCCAGGGCCAGGUCAACAACCAGGUCAACGGCAUCCACCUGCCUGGAGGCCGCAGGUAGUCGUGAGACAUCACCGAGGGGAGGGGGGCGCUGUAAUUUGGUUUUCAGCCUCUCCCUCAUUGCCUCUCUUCUUCAAACUGAAGGAGCAAGACAAGACAGGCAACCAUCCUGUUAAAAAAGAAUCAGCCGUACAGUGAGGUCUGGCUGACAGGGAUUUCUGUUAUUAUAGAUAUAUAUUUUUUAUUUUCCUUGUUUUCAUUUUGAUAAUGCUAAAGUAAAUCCUGUCUGUCCAUUAUAUUAUCUUGUGUUUUAGAUCCCCCUGUCAUUCUUACCCAUAAUGCUUUUGUAACUCCUUAACAGAUAAAGGAUGGUAGCAUCCAAUCUCACAAUAUCCCCUUGGACCAUUAUAAGUAUUGAGAUAAAUUUUUAGCAGUACCAGCAGACUUGUUGACUUUGACAUGACCUGUGCAGUCUUGAACAAUGGCACAAGAAAAUCUGUCACUUGAGAGCUGUGGACACCCUUCACGAGGCAAGGAGAGAAAGGACACCACUUCUCAAUUUGAGCUGAUGGUCUGCUGAUGGUCUGUCCUAUACCAAUCUCAAACCAGCAAAAACAGUGUUAGACUUGUCAGUCUCACUCUCCCUACCAGCCAAGGCUCGGUGGGCCUUCGCUUCUCUCUCACCUGGGCUCAAUGUGAUGGUACUUAGAUAUCUACCAUAUAUCUGGAGCAUCCCAUAGGAGAGAGUAGCGCUCCUCCCCUCUGCUACAGGGCCCAUCUCUGUGGGUCCACUAGUGUGGUGCUCACCUGGUGCUACCAGUCCUCUGCAUUGACUAAUAUAACUCAGUCCAUUGUCUCCCUAUCCAAGUGGUGCAAUAGAAACUAACCCCACUGGUGCAUUAAGAUUCACUGUUGAGAUUUUUAGAUGUGUUAUCCUUCAGGCCACCAAAUACACUUGUCUGGACCCACGUGUGGCAAGCUUAGCUCUAGUUGGCGCAGGUUUGUCGGCUUGCCGGUCAGGUAUAGUGCUAGAAACGCAUCUGGAUUCUCUGGACUGAAACCAAAUUUUGUGAUUUUAGUUGCAUAACAUGUGGCAAUCCCCUUUUGCACACUACCUCCUGUUUGCGUACACAUCCAUUUUCUUGUUCAUGACUUCAUUUGGACCAGUUACCACCUUUCGUAAUAGGGAAUGGGGUUUUGGCUGAGGGGCAAUGGGAUGGGGAAUUGUUAACAAAUUUCACUUUAGUUUGUUACUUUUUAAGCAGAGGGAGGUCACUAGCUGAUUUGCAGGAGUUUAAACCAGCAAUCCUCUCACGGUCACACACAGAUCUUGUAGCGCUGUCUCUUGAGGCCAGUAGUGACUUUCCCCCAGCCAUAAAUUCCGUACUCUACAGCAGUGGGGUUUUUCCACCAGUGUUUGUACAGAAUAUAAAUGUAGAUUCAGUCUUUACAUGAUUGUAUAUGAGCCACUAAAGACCUGUUUUCUGGCGGUUUUUGUACUGAUCUUGUUUGAGGAAAAUACAGGAUUGUAUUGUAAACUAUGACUACAUUUUUAUCCAUGAAAUGUUAAGAAAUUCAAAUUACCAGCUUGUACAAAAGACGUAAGGGGUUGUUCUGGGCGUUCACUCCCCCCCCUGUUAACUGUUUUUAUGUAUAAGUAUUGAUUGGUUUCCUGCUGUCGUUUUGAUUUGAGGGCAUGUUGCUCAGGUUGUAAAUAGAUCUACUGACGAAACCUCCUGAUGCUUCUCACCCAUUCUAUUAAUAAGCCUUCCUGCCACCAACCUAACCUACCAUUCAUCCAUUCACAGUUCAGGCCAUAGUAACACCAAGGCCCGUAUUCACAAAAGCCUACGAGUGGGACUGCUGAUCUAGGAUCUGUCCAUAUUAUUCAUUAUGAUCUAAAAGACACAACUGAUCCUUACUCUGAGACACUUUGUGGAUACCAUUAACACCCUAUUCCCUUUAGUGUACUACUGUUGACCAGUCCUGUGUGGCUCUGGUCUCGAGUGUACUACAUGGGGAAAUAGGGUGUCAUUUCAGAUUUGUCCUAAGAGGGAUUUCACAUCACACCUCCACUCUCCCAUAAUUCCAGUGUUGUACAACCGGAACAUUGUGCCUCACCGUCGCAGUUUGUAGUCUUGCACUAUUUACAAUUGGCAAACGCCGGAACAACCUCUUCGGUUUAUUUUUAAAUACUGUGGAGACAUUUGUGAAGAUUUGAUGUGCUUUUGGCUUAUGUUAGGGAUAUUCUUUUUUGUAUGAGCUGUGAGCAUGUUAUGGGGUGUGUGUGUAUCUCUCCUCCUGGGUGAGCCAUCUAGUAAUCAGGUAUGGAAUAUUUUUCUUGUUUUUUUCUGGGGCAAAGCAAAGACCUCUUGUAAAGCCCCCUCGGUUCCAUAAUGUUUUGCACCCUCCUAGAACCCCUUUAUUGUUCCCUUUCCCCAUAGCCACUUAGCCUCUCUUGACCCUGCCCCAGCCUCCACCACGGAUCUGAAUUCUGAAUCUACAAAAGCAUGUUCCCCUAUAACCUCCAACCCCCAGUCCCAUGUCAUACCCCCUUAACAGUCAAGUGUAUUCCUUUAGUCGUGUCUUUUUAACCCCUCUACUGAAGCCCCUGUAUGGUUCCAGCCACUCUGGUACCAUCUGUAGGGCAAGCUGUCAGGUGGCCCACACAGACAUGUUGCUGUUAUCUAUCUGUUUUAUCACCGGGACCAAAACAUGAAAUAUGUCAAUAGUGACUGACACUUGCAACUGUCACAUUUUUAACAGGAAAUGUAAUGAUGCACACUUAUGAUAGUUGCCCAGUCUAGCACACAAUUUGUCAAUUAAAUAAAAUAUGAUCACCUUUUAAAGUAAAUAUGAUACUGAAGCCACUGUGCUAAAGUUAGCAUUUUUAUGAAUUUUUACAGAGGAAAAAGAUUGAAAUAUUAAUGUCCUUGUUUGAAAGCUGUUUUCGGUCCCUACUUUCCCCAUUUGUUUUGAACAGAAACCAAUGUCUGGUUUGAUAACCCUGAAUUGCUGAUACUGUUGUAGUAGCUUUUUUGUAAAGUGUGAAUAAAAUAUGUAUCAUGUUUCCUUUCUAAAAUGUUGAAUUGUUUUUUUAAUAUGUAUUCUGAUUGCUACAUUGUUUUCACUUUUACUCAUUGCUUUUCCAUACCUCUCCAACAACAAUGGUUCUCUUUGGUAGUUAAUUUGCUUUUCUUUUUUGACUAACUGUGGACUUGGCUGACUUAGGGUUGCUCAAGAAGUGGGCGCAGAAUGCUUAUUGAAGGAUUAAUUCCUAAUAGUAAUUUGCCUUUCCAAACGUGGAUAUUGAACUUUAUUUUUCUCAACUUAUUUUGGGGGGUGGGGUUGUCGCUUAGGCUUAAGAUGUAUGUUGUCUUAGAACCGGGGGAGCGUCUUACUGGUUGAUUCAGUUGUAGACCGCACUAUUGUUGACUAUAGUGUGAAACAAACUCCAGUGUAAAACUAAGCUGAAGGUGUUUUGCUGGUAGAUGGACUGGUCCUGUGAGAGCACUAUUUGUUCCAUCUCACUGUUCUUGGUUCAGUGGCUAAACAGUAGGUCGCCAAGCCUACUAACCCUCACGUUUUGAACCCCCAAAAUAGUUUUUGAUUGGGGGAAUAACACGGCUUGAUGUCACCAUGAGUUAGUUAGUGACCAUUGGUUAGUUAGUGAUCACUAAUUGUUUACUGUUAACUUCUAGGGUAUUUAUAGGACUGACUGGCUCCCUGUCAAGUUGUUUUUACUGUUGACUUCUAGAUGUUUUGUACGACUCCGACUGCGCUCCCUGUCAGUUGCUUUCUGUCCAAAUGUGAAGCACCCUCUUUAACCUUCUAUACAGUACAUCCAAAUACCACUGUAAUGACUUGUAGGGCUGUAAGGGAAAGAAAGUAUUUUCCUUAACCUGAGUGUUGCAUUUAUCCAUGUCAAAAUUAUUUUGGCUUGCAAUAGUCCUAAUUUCAGAUGGGUAAUUUCCAUUCCCCAGAAAGUUGGCAAUACCCAGACAGUCAAUAAGAAAAUGUUUUUGAAAGUUUCAAAAUAAAAUAAUUUAUCUAAUACAUUUUCAGUUAUUUUCCCCUAUCAAACCGAGGGCAAUAUCUGCUGAUUCCAAUCACCCCAUUCCAGCAUUUUCUUUCCUCCAGCUUGUAUAUUUAGGCUUCACACUCGCCCCUGCUGAUAGUGGUGGUAGGUUGGUCAGGAUUGUCAAUUUGUAGCUAGCUGAGUACUCUCACUGUGUACAUACACUGGACCAACUACUUGUUUACCAUUCAUGGAAUACCAGCAAAAAACACUGGCACAACAUUCAAAGAAUCAAGUCAGCUGUUUUUAAACUCAAUAAUACAAAAUUAAGGGACAAUGGUAAAGUUUAUUUAAUUAUUUUUUGAAAUUUUGCCACCUUGGUUCACCUCUGGAUGAGUUUUCUGUUGAACACAUUUUCUUUACUCCUACCUAGCUAUGUAUUUUCCUACUUAUGGUUGUUAUAAAUAAAUAAAUGCAAGUACUGUUUCAA